CUUGGCUAACCGCGAUCAAUCAUUCGUGUUUUAGUAUUUCCUUACUAGAAUCGAGGAAACUUAAUUAAACAAAUCUAUUUAAAUAUAAUCAUUUACUCACAUAGUUAUAUUAUUUGAUAAUAUCUUUCAAAUAGGACCUAAGUGUUAAUCGACUCUAAAAAUAAUUGACACUUUUUGUUGUGUUGACAUUCAAAGCGUUCUGAUAAACACAGAUUAUUGUACUGACUGGAAAUUCAAAGUAAUGCCUAAAAGAAAACACACAGAAGAAGAUGAAGAGGAACGGUACUUCCUUAAUCCUGGGUCUGUUAGUCAACAUCUCUAUUGUUCAAUCUGUCAGGAUGUAUUCACAGAUCCCCAACGAGCGCCCUGUGGACACAGUUUCUGCAAAAAGUGUAUUUUUCCCUGGUUAAAGAACAGCAAGACAUGUCCUGAAGACAGGAAACUUGUGACCCAUAAAGACUUGCAUCAUGACUUUAUUCUUGAAAACAUCAUAGGUGACCAAAUGGUAGCUUGUCCGUUCCGACGAUCUGGUUGUGAGUUUAUUGGCCAGUUACAGCUGCUGAAAACCCACAAGAAGAACUGUGAUUUCAACCCUGACAACCUGCCCAGCUUUCUCAAGGAAGAAGAGAAGUCACAGCCUCCUAUCAGUGGUAUCCUUGUGUCCAGUAGUCCAACAGACCCAGACAAAGUUCCCUCCCCUGAAAAACCCUCCUUAAAAAUGAGACUCUUCAGGGCUGGAGAGGCAAAAAAGCGCCUUCUGUCGUCCAUGUUUGACAAGGAAAAUGCUUCCCCUUCAUGAGUUUUGUAAUAUUAAGAUAUAAAUUAAUUACCGUAGUAGCAUUUUGUGUUAUUUAUAUCGAGUAAUUUAUAUUUGGCAAAAGUUGGUUUUGUCCUCAGAAGAUUAAAUCAUAUAUAAUUGUCAAUUUGUAUGUAACAUAUUAUAUUGUUAUGAAGACAUGUUUAAAAGAAAAGUUAUGAGAGCCUUAGAAUCAGAAUAAGAGUGGAAAAGCUAUCUUUAACAUGAAGAGUGUGUCUUUAUUUUCAUUAAAAGAAGAUGUGAUGUAAAAAGAAGUACAUGCUUGAGAUUAACGCAAGGAUACAAAUAAAAGGGAAAGAAAGAUGUAUGAUAAAAAUGUGUUUCUUUGUGAUUGGCACAACCAGGGCGUUUCUGAGAAUUUUUUCCCUUAAAGUUUUAUCAAAAUGUCUGAUUAAUAUUUAUAUGUCAUAGACAUCUGCAUAAGAUAUACAACAUUGGAGUGUGUAUUUAAUAAUGUUUGUGUUUAGCAGCUAUCGGGCUGGCGGGGGGGGGGGAGAUGGAAGAAGUGUUCAUUAUCUUGACAGUUCACUCUCACUCUAAGGUCAAAUGUGUUUUUUAUUUAAUAUAUUUUGUUAGCCAUGUCUUCUAUCUCAUUCACUCAUAACAUGAAUUUUGCUAAAAAAUAGCUUAUUUUAAGUUUUGGAAAAAAAAGUAUAUGUACUGGACUACUUUUGCAAUGAACUGUCUUGAAAAUUCUAUUUAAAUGUAUAAAACAUAUAGUAAAAUAAUAUUUAAAAAAAAGCAAAUUGUGUACAUGUAGAUCUGUGUUCAAGUCGAAGUUGAUGAUAAACUUUGUUAAAUUUGAAAACAUGUCUCACUUCAAUAUUGAUUACCGGUAAUAUGUAUAAUGUUUAUAAUGCACAUGGUUAAGUAUUAUCAUGCUCUUGUCAACUUGUCGUAUUUUUGUAUAUCUAUAUUGUCUUUCAUGUGUAUGUAAAAAAAAAUCUAAAGCAAAUACAUGUGUUAGUCAGUUUUGUUGUCUCAAUUCUUUAAUAGCUUACAUGUCAGUUUUAAUUUUUGACUUUAGGAAAUGAGUUAGUAUUUGUAAACAAUUUGUUUUCAGAAACAAUUGUGUUAUGUCGUUGGUUUUACGGUUGGCGCCAGAUUGUGGGCAUGGUCAAGGUCACCAUAAACAAAUAUGAACAAUUCUUUAUGUUGUGGGCAAUAACUCGAGAAUUAAUAACAGCUAGUGUAGUUGUACUUUUAUUGACAGUUUUUACAAUGGCGUGUGGUAAACGUGUUUACAAGGACACAGCUAAUAGAGAAAUAAAAUUGAAUUACGGUUUGUAAUUAUAUGAUAAA